AUGGGAUCUUAUCCUAGUUGUUUUUGCUGCCCUAAAAAUUCUUCUAAGGAAUAACAAAAUAAAUUAAAUGAUGAUGAACUACAUUUAGCUUAAUAUAAAUAACCACUUUUUAAUUAAGUUGUACAAAUAAAUCCAGAAGAUGAUUCUUCAUUACUAAUAAUUAUGGCAACAUAUGAAUAAUUAGUUAAUAAAAAAUCAAUUAGCAUAGUCUAUAGUUGCUCAUCAAAUAAAAUAAGUCGCUCGAUUUCUUUUGAUCAUAAUAAUUAAAGAUAUUAAGAAUCUCUCUUUAAUAAAGAUCAUAGGAAAAUUAAAAAAAUGUCAUAUUAUAGAUCUUUGAGUGCUUCAUAAUUUACUUAUAAUUUAUCUAAACAAAGCACUACUUAUAAGCCAAGCAGUAUAUUGAAAAAAAGAUCAAAUACUAAAGUAUCUCAACCCUAGAAACAAUAAAAAAAUAAAGUUUCUUUUCUACCUUUUAUUUUAUAAUGUAAUACUAAUAAACUGAUUGAUUCUUUUUGA